AUGCUGACGAGGGCAAAAACUCACAAGCUCGAUCAAGAGAUUCUAUGGAGUCUGGCUCAGCCUUUUGUGAAGAAACAAUUGCCAGUAUGCUACAUAGCACUGCUAUUUGAUGACGGUGACAAGAGCAUGAAUACCAACAUUGCCGUGAACAGUGUGGGGAUCAUUAAGGGUGAAAUCCUGCGUCACAUCCCGCUGUAUGUCGCGACGUAUGAAAUGGCUGCGAAGUAG